GUCCACUUCUCUCUUAAAAUGCCGAAACAAAGAGCUCGGAACCAAAAUCAAACCCAAAGAAGCCCUUCACCUGUGCCAAAUUUCCCAUUUCCCUACAGGUUCGGGGAAGAAUAGCCGAUAGCGCACGGACGACUACGCUGCAGCAGGGAAGAGUUAGGGCUCAGAAGCAAACAGAGAAAUGAAGACGACGAAGGGUGGUAAAGUCAUGAACCCUACGGAUGCAUAUCGGAAGGAGAUUCGCAAACGCGAAUUGAAACGGAAUAAAAAAGAAAGGAAGAAGGUUAGGGAAGUUGGCAUUUUGAAGAAGGAUCCUGAGCAAAUAAGAGAUCAAAUUCAGAAGCUAGAAGUCAUGAAGGCAGAAGGUGCCUUAGAUAAAGCAAGAAAACACAAGAAAAGACAACUUGAGGAUACCCUAAAUCUUGUUCUCAAGAAGAGGAAGGAGUAUGAAGAUAAAGUGAAAGAAAAGGGUGAAGCACCAGUUAUGUUCAGCCAUUUAGGACCUCCACCUCGAAGGCGGACUGCAGAAGAGGAAGAUAUGGUCAAGCACCCAAAACCUGAAGAUUCAGUUUAUUAUCACCCCACACUCAAUCCUACUGGUGCUCCUCCUCCUGGAAAGCCUCCCAUGUUUAAAUCGUCAAUAGGACCUAGAAUACCCUUGUCAGAGGCUUCAACAAGUGGUGUUGCAUCAUCGUCAGUGACUGAAGAGGAUGGUGGUGGUUUACCCACCACCUCUCUUCCACCUACCUCACCACCUGCACUUCUGUACCCAAGCAAAAAUGCAGAAUCUGUAGAUGCUUCUAUCAUGCCUCAAUCUCUGCCUUUACCCCCUCCACCUCCUAUGCCCCCAAAACCUGCAGCGUCAGACUUGAAUACAUCAUUGCCACCUCCUCCUUUGCCACCGCCACCUCCUGGCCCCCCGCCAAAAGAACAUGCAGGAACUCAUUCAUCACUCCCCCCACCCCCAGCACGUCACCCAACUAUUCAACUUCCUCCUCCACCAGGCAUUGUUGAAAAUGAACCUGGAAAAGGUCAUUCCGAGAAAACAGCGGAACCUGUAUCUAUGGAAAUAAGCAAGGGUUCAUCUAUGCUUCCCCCACCACCUCCACCGCCUGGGCUACUAUUGAGAUCACAGGGCUCAUCUUCUGAAAACGACUCUAAAACCCCAGCAGGGACAGAAGAUAUGCUAAGAAUGGCUCCACCACCACCUCAUCCUCCACCAAGGCAACAACAACCAUUUGUUCCUGGGUCUGCUAUGAUCCCACCUUUGCAGCCUGAUGUGCUGCCACCUGGAAUUUCUCGGUUUCCUCCACCUCCUCCAGCUACAGAUAUGGGGCUACCGCCACCUGGAAUAGUUGGCCAACAUCCUCUUCCUCCUCACCCUGGUGUAAUGGUUGUUCCACUAAUUCCUAGACCACCCUAUGGACUUCCACCUAUGAUGCGACCGCCACUUCCACCUGGCCCGCCUCCAAUGCCACUACCUUCUCAAAAGCCAUCCUACAUUAAAUCGGCUGCAUCAACAGUUGUCAAGAGGCCUCUUGCGCAGCAUACCCCAGAGCUCACGGCUAUGGUUCCUGCAUCUGUACGUGUGAAGAGAGAAUCUACACUUCCGAAGUCUAAACCAAAGGCAUCAACAACCAUAGUUGUGAGCAACCACCACCAGCCAACAUUUAGUAGAGAAAUUUCGAAGCAAGAAUCUAGCAGAACAACUCAGCCAAAACCACCAAGUAUUGAUGACUCUUAUAUGGCAUUCCUGGAAGACAUGAAAGCUCUUGGGGCUCUUGAUGGUGGUAAUUGACCUGAGUGUGAUUUUGGUCCUACAGUAGUAAAUUUAAUUUAGUAGGGCAUUAUGUCACCUGUACUUUCCCCAAAUGGUGUGGCUGGCUUGGUGCCUUGUCUUGAUUUCCUUCCUGUUGGCGGGGGAGGAGAGUAGUGAUUGGUGAAAGGGUUGUGUUUGGGUUUUCUAAUUGUUCAUUCUAUCGUGGUUGGCAAUCUGCUUUACCCCCCAGACAUAGCACACAAUGUAUUUCUGAUAAAUUUAACAAAAGAACACUUGUUUCAGUUGACAACAUUGAGAAAUAAUAGUUUUUUCUUCUUCUUUUUUGUUUGUUCAAGGAGG